AGAGCGUCGAAAGUAGUGAGAAAAGUAAGUUUCACUCGUGAAAAAGUAAGAAAAUAAUGAGACAGCUCUGAAAAACGUGAGUUAAACAAUUCACUGAGAGAGAGAGGAAAGUAUCUAAAAACAAACGAAUAUUUCUCUGACGGAUCCUUACGCGAUGUUUACUUAAAUCGAGCAUUACUUGCUUAAACCGAGCAAAUAAUGCCCGGUUUAAAUCAAGAGAAUUUAGUUCUCUUCCCUCCCGAUGUAUCAGUGUUUCACUCGACCAAGAUCGAGAUUGUGAUUCGAUCUAAUAGGCGAGUGUAGUUAUAAUAUAUUUGAUCGAGGCCAGACAGUGGUCGGCCGUACGACGGUUAUCGGAUUUCGUACCUGCUCGGACGACUGUAAUUUUUCACUUAUUCGCGUCCGGGACGGCAAAGGCUAGUACGAUCCUAUUACGAACGAAAGCUGCGGUCUGCAGUCGCACGGUGGACGUCGCACGAGGAUGGAGCGUUGGGCCGGGAAGAUCGCCGUGGUCACAGGAGCCAGCGCCGGGAUCGGCGCGGCGAUCGCGCGGAGUUUCGUUCGACAAGGUGUGACAGUGGCGGGUUUCGCGAGGAGGGUGGAGAAUAUCAGGGAGAUCGCCGGCAGCCUGGAGGACUCCCCGGGGAAGCUUCAUGCCGUCGAGUGCGACGUUACUAAGGAGGAGAGCGUGGUCGCGGCUUUCGCAUGGGUGAAGGACAAUCUCGGGCCGGUAAACGUCCUCGUGAACAGCGCCGGCAUCACCAAGGAGUCCUCGCUCGCGGACGGGUCCCUGGAGGAAUGGCGGUCUGUGUUCGACGUGAACGUUCUGGGACUCAGUCUGUGCACGCGCGAGGCGGUGCGCAUAAUGCGAGAGAGGACCGACGACGAAGACUCCGUCGUGAUCCACGUGAACAGUCUCGCCGGCGAGAGAUUACCCUUCGUGCCGGGAUUCGGCGCCUAUCCGGCGUCGAAACGCGCCGUUACCGGCCUCGCGCAGUCUUUGCGGCACGAGCUGGCGGGCUCGCGUAUACGCGUCACGAGCAUCAGUCCCGGUUUGGUCGCGACGGAGUUCAUGGCCUCCUACAGCAUGUUCUCCGAGGAGGUGAUGAUGGCGAUGCCGACGUUGAAUCCAGACGACGUAGCGGCAGCAGCGAUUUACGUGCUGUCCAAUCCUCCUCACGUUCUGCGACGAAGCACCCACGACAUGGACCGUCUGAUGAACAAAGUCGUCGUCGUCACCGGCGCCAGUGCCGGCAUCGGUAAGGCGAUCGUCGAGGAGUUGAUCAUAAAGGGAUGCAAGGUCGUCGCCCUAGGCUCUGAAUUGGACAAGCUGAACAUCCUCGUAGAAGAGCUGAAGGACAAGCCUGGCAAGCUCUGUCCUUUUCAAUGCGACAUGUCCGUUCAAAGCGAGAUCGAGCGCACCAUAGUGUGGAUUCAGAAGAACCUGGGUAGCGUGGACAUUCUGAUAAAUAACGCCGGCAUUAACAUCGACUGGUCCUGCGUAAACGGUGGUAUAGAGGAGCUCAAGAAGACUCUCGACAUCAACGUGCUCGGCUUGGCGUACAUUACCAAGCAGAUUCUGAAAUUGAUGAAGGACAAGGAUAUCGACAACGGCUGCAUCGUGAACAUCAACGACGUUUGUGGCCUGAAGUGUCUGCUAGCUUCCGAUCGGCCCAUCUCGCCGGCGUACACCUGCAGCAAGUACGCGUUGACCGCGUUGACCGAGUGCCUCCGUCUGGAAUUGGCGCAGAACGGGUCCAACAUCAAAGUGAUCAACAUCUGCCCGGGUCUGGUGGAGACCGACAUGACCCUGCAGUGGCUGAAGGAGAACCCACGAUUGAGCCUGAAGCCAAAGGACGUGGCCGAUGCGAUCCUCUUCGCGCUGCUGACUCCGGAGACCGUGCUGAUCAAGGACCUCGUCAUCACGCCCAUCCGUGAGAUUAUCUAA